AGGAGGAGAAGAGAAAAGAGAAGGAAGGAGGGGGCCACGGGGCGCUCCAGUCAGUGGAAAAAGAAAAAGUGUGUGCCGGAGAAAGCAGCUCAGGGAAAGAAGAGUUGGCUUGGCUACUUUUGUUUCUCCGUGCAGCGCCGCUGUUUGGACCUGCGGGCGUGGAAGAAAAGAGGAGGAGGAGGAGGAUGCCGAUGAUGUGGAGCACAAGUGGACCAUGCGACGUUGUUCCGACAAGCCGAGUGAAACUAUAGCCUCGCCGCCACUUCUUCUCCAUUCCUUCGCUCCCGUCAAGCGAGCAUUCGGAACCCGCCGCCCGCCCCCCAACUUCGGCCUGCCUACCGGAUUCCCCCUACGGAGACACGGGGUAACUUUUCCCGCAUGAAAAAACAAAACCACGCGGGUCGUAAAAGUUUUCCUACAGCGAGCGAAAAGUGAACCAAAGUAGACCAAGCGGGGCUCGAGCGUGAAAGAAGCCGAGGAACUGCUGCUUUUUUCGGGGCCACUUGUUGAGAACAAACACCGGAGGAACGAGAGGCUAACGCGGCUAACGAGCUAAGCCCAGGGAAAAGUUACCACUCGACGGGAAAAGUGACAGAAGGGACCCGCCGACGACCGCAAUGAAGACCCCGGGGGAACCGGGGUUCGCCUUCCCCGAGUGGGCCUACAAGCCCGAGUCCAGCCCGGGAUCGCGGCAGAUCCAGCUGUGGCACUUCAUCCUGGAACUGCUGCGCAAGGAGGAGUACCACGACGUCAUCGCCUGGCAGGGCGACUACGGAGAGUUUGUCAUCAAGGACCCGGACGAGGUGGCUCGACUAUGGGGCGCUCGCAAGUGCAAACCGCAGAUGAACUACGACAAACUCAGCCGUGCCCUCAGGUACUACUACAACAAGAGGAUCCUCCACAAGACCAAAGGCAAGAGGUUCACCUACAAGUUCAACUUCAACAAAUUGGUGCUGGUCAACUACCCCUUCAUCGACAUGGGCUCAGGUCGCGGCGUCCCGCAAAGCGCACCGCCGGUCCCGACCGGAGGCACCCACUUCCGCUUCCCUCCCUCGACCCCAUCGGACGUGCUGUCAUCCAGCGAGGAGCUUCGCAGCCCUGGCGUGUUUAGUGGCGUGGCGCGUCGCAUGGCCCGCGGUUCCGUCAGCGACUGCAGUGACGGCACCUCCACCAACUCCGAGCUGGAGGAGGCGGUGGGGGCGGAGGAACGAGGCGUGGGCCCAGAGAGAGCUUUCAGGGGGCUCCUGCCGCCCCGUCUGCCUCACGAAUCCCUCUUCAGGCUCUACGGCGGCGCUCCCAGACCUCACAGAGUCCACCCGGAGCCGCUGUCUCCUUUCCCGGUGUCCCCCCUGCCGGGUCCUGGAGGGCUACUGGCCCCGACUCUGUCCCCGGCCCUUUCCAUGACCCCCACCCCACACCUGUCUUACACCCCUUCUCCGUCCCUCCCCUCCCCCAUGAUGGGCUCCCACUUCUCCUUCAACCCAGAGGACAUGAAGCAUUACCUUCAGGCCCACACCCAAUCAGUGUACAACUACCACCUCAGCCCCCGCGCCUUCCUCCACUACCCCAACAUCGUCAUCCCGCAGCCCCAUCGCCCCACCCCGGAGAAACCGGUUCCCCAUCAUCUGCACGGACCUCCCAUGACACUCUCCCAUUCACUGGUCGGGCAGCCUGUAGGCGGCGGGGGCGAGGAGGCCUUCAAGUUCAAGCUGCAGCCACCGCCUCUUGGGCGCAAACAGAGGGAGGCGGUAAGCUCGCUGGCGGCAUCAUCGUCCACGUCUUCUUCGGCGGGACAGUCCUCGUUAUUCACGGCAGCGCCCAAGAUCAAGGUGGAGCCCAUAUCUGACAUCGAGUCCGAAGAGGAAGUAGAAGUGACCGACAUCAGCGAGGAAGACGAGCUGAACCCCGAAGACGACGACAUCUUCACACCCGUUUCCCUUUAUAAUUCCAAGGCUAAUGGUAGCCCCUCUGACCCCUUCCCGCAGCCGCCCUCCAACCCAUACGACGACCCUGAAGAUGACGACGGAGAGGUCUUUAAGACUCCUGCUACCCCGCCCGCCGGCACUGGCAACUCGGCGUUCCCGCUACUCAGCCUGAAGACGGAACCGGCGCCGGCGGCUCCCGUCAGCCCGGGCGGCACUCGCUGCAUCCCCCUCAAACUGCGCUUCAAGCGCCGCUGGAGUGAGGACCAGAAAAUGGAGGCGGACGGCGAGCGGGAUGAAGCCGAGGACAAAAAGGUGAGGGCAGAGAGGAGCGGUGAAGGAGACGAGAGGGAGGAACCGGUGGACAACGGCGGAGGGCGGGGCCUGAUUUUAGGUUUGAUGAUGCCUCCGCCGCCCACCCAGCGCAGGGCUAGCUCAGAGCUGCAAAGAGCCACCGCCCAGUUGUCCUUGGAGAACGCAAGCUGCUGAGAUCCCAAAUCUACUAAACCCCAGACAUGGAAACAAUUGUUUAAAUUGUGGCCACAAUAUAAAUGAAUUGUGAACAUCUAUCAGAAUAUUUUCAGGAAUUUGCCCCUGAAAUAGCCGCUUCAGAACAAAAACACUUCAUUUAUUCUUUUAAGGCUUACCCAGACUUUUUAGUGAACAGGGAUCCCCAAACUGGUUUUGGGAGCUGAUUCAAAUCUGUAAUUGCAGGCGAUCCCAAAACAACAAAUAAUAAUAACUUGCAAUACGCAUUCUGUAGUAGUGGUUAAAAUUUUCGAGAGAAUAUGCGUUCCAUUUACCCAACUGUCUAGGAAUUUUGUGUGCGCUCAUUGCUAAUUUGCGGCCACAGAACCUUGGCUUCUUGGACACAGCUGCUUACAGUGCCUUUAUUGUGCAAAACCCUGCUAAAUUCCAAAUCGAAUUGAUUAAACUCACUAGAAUGUAUCUAGUUUAUCCUGCUGGCUCAUUAAUUAGCUUCGAGUAAUGUGACAAAAAAAAAAACCAUUUUAAUCACCCCUGAAAAAUUCUUCCCUCACCAAACAUUCUCUUGUUUCGAAAUCCUUUUAAAUUCAUGGAAUUUUGCUAAUUUGCUUUGAUUUAUUUGGAAAUACUUUUUUUUUUUUAAAAAGUAAAAUACAGGAAAAAUCUCAUUCUUCAAUAACUGCAGUCAUUUUUUUAAGUAUAUAACCCUACUUGUCCGCUGUAAUAUUUUUUUCCCCCAACAUUAUAAUGCGUAUACUAGUCGAUAAGGCAUGUUUUAUGCCAUACUUUCUGACAGAUACCAAGGACUGAAAAUUGACCACCAGUGCCUUGAAGUAUGGUCAGUAUUACCUAUCCCUUAUUACCAUAUUUUCUGCACUAUAAGGCUUAUAAGGUGCGCCUUCAUUGAAUGGCCUGUUUUAAAACUGUUUUCACACCGCAUUAUAAGGUACUGUAGUAGAAGUAGUAGUAUUAGGAGAUGGAGCGUCGCUAAAGGGAAUUUCACGAUAUGAGUAACCAGUCACGUGCAUCGGAUUAUGAGGCACACUGUUGGCUUUUUUAUGAAACUGAAGGCUUUUAGGUGCGCCUUAUAGUGCGGAAAAUACAGUACUUGUGAUUAGAGACAAAUUGAUCAAAACAGUCAUUCUUUUGUUGAUGCUCCAAACAAAAAACUCCACUAUUAACUAGGGGUGGCAUAAUAUCUCGAAAUAGUGAUAUAUCGCCAUACUUUUUAGUAGGGAUGUCCUGAUCCGAUCAUGUGAUCGUAAAUCGGGCCAAUCACGCCGUUUUUCAGAGGAUUAGAGUCGGGUGAAAAGGAUCUGGUCUUUAAAGGGAACCACGGAUAGAAAGACUUGUAGUUCGUAAAAGAUAAGAGUUAUUAGGAGUUAAAAUAACUUGAUAUCAAAACCCCUCUUAAUGUUUUCGUUUUUUUACAAUUUGUAAAAUUAGUUUAACUUGUAGGUCGCUAUUGUUGUUGACUUCGCAGGGCAGUGACGUCACUGGGUUACGUUGCCGGGCUUCCAGAGUAUGACUCUCGCAACAUAAACAUGUCAUCUGAUCAGCCCUUUCAAAAUGAACCCGAGGGGAACAUUAAUGAGUAUGACAACACUGUCAGUAUUCCACAAAAUGAGCAGCAAAAGCAAAAUGAACAGGAAAGACGGGAUAAGACGAGACGAGAGUAGGGGGAAAAAAUGGUGUUUCGCCAAAAUAUGCUAGUCCGGCAAAACAUCUACAAGACGUGAGUUUGACACCCAAAGUUCUACCGUGUGCUUUCAGCUUGUUUUGUUUAGAUGCAAAAAGACGGAACAUACUAAAGAUGCCUUAAGAAAAUACUUAAACGUAUUAAUAUCAAGUAAGGGUGGUUUAAAUACGCUGUAACGUGGCUAAUGUGGUCAACAGAUCAACUAUCUGGGAUAAAGCUACCACAAG